GCGGAGCGGAGCGCGGCGGGCGCCGCCCCCGGCCCUCCCCGCGCCGCCGCCCCGCCGGCCGCAGGCUCCGCCGGGGCCGGGCUGCCGAGCGGCCCCGAGUUGGCGGCGCGGGGCCAUGUGGCUGCUGUGGCUGCUGCUGGGCUCGGCCGAGAGCCAACUGUUGCCAGGGAAUAAUUUCACAAAUGAAUGCAACAUUCCUGGAAACUUCAUGUGCAGUAAUGGGCGCUGUAUCCCAGGGGCCUGGCAGUGUGAUGGGCUGCCAGACUGCUUUGAUGAAAGUGAUGAGAAAGAAUGCCCAAAAGCCAAAUCCAAAUGCGGUGCCACGUUUUUCCCCUGUGCUAGUGGAAUCCACUGCAUCAUUGGCCGCUUCCGGUGCAACGGCUUUGAGGACUGUCCAGAUGGCAGCGAUGAAGAAAACUGCACAGCAAAUCCCUUGCUUUGCUCUACUGCCCGAUUCCACUGUAAAAAUGGUCUUUGCAUUGAUAAAAGCUUCGUGUGUGACAGUCAAAAUAACUGUCAAGACAACAGUGAUGAAGAAAGCUGUGAAAGCCCUCAAGAGGCAGGCAGUGGCCAAGAUUACGUGACCUCAGAGAAUCAGCUACUCUACUACCCUAGUAUUACCUAUGCUAUCAUCGGUAGCUCUGUUAUUUUUGUACUUGUGGUGGCCUUUCUUGCCUUGGUUCUGCAUCACCAAAGAAAACGCAACAAUCUCAUGACCCUGCCUGUGCAUCGGCUGCAGCACCCUGUCCUGUUGUCCCGGCUGGUGGUCCUUGAUCAUCCACACCACUGCAGUGUCACUUACAACGUCAACAAUGGGAUCCAGUAUGUGUCUAACCAGGCCUACCACAGACCAGUGGAUUUGGACUCUCCACCAUCCUAUUCAGAGGCUGUGCUAGACCAAAGCAGACCACCUUGGUUUGACCUUCCUCCACCCCCUUAUUGUUCUGAAUCUGAAUCCCCUAACCAGCCAGACCUUCCUCCUUACCGGUCUCGGACGGGGAGCUUGGUGAGCACAGAUGCCGCUGUGGCAGGAAGCCCUCUGGGCAUCGAGGGCGGUCAGACAGGUGGUGUCCAUGACAGUGUGGACUGCUGCAGAACUCUCCUCGAGAGGACAGCCGGCCAGAGUGAUUCUCUGGUCAACCCUCUUGCUGAAAGAGAAGGGUAACUGUCCUGCUAUUUGGCAUGGACAGGAAGGGAUUUACUGUUUUCAAGUCUGUAUGGGUUAAUCUGCAGUUAAUUAGUUUCAGGUGGACACGUGCCUGACUGAUGAUUUGAUUUGAAUCCAAGCUUCAUUAAUAAUUGGAUUCACCAUUUUGGGCUUAAUGAAGACCAGAGUUUUGAGAACUAAAUUUAGAAUCACAUCAGCUCUCCACAAAAUUCCUGCAAGCAGGUUCCGUUUUAGACCAGUAAAAAGCAGUGGUGCUAUGUUGAAGAUCUGGUCUAAUAUAUUUCUGGGAAUAUUUACUGUAUAUGAAUGUAUAUAUGUGCAUGUAUAAUAUAUGCAGAUUUUGCAGACAAAAACUAUGCCAGAAGAACUCUUUUUUCCAGACUGGCUCUUGUCCUGCCUACAUGUGAGUCAUUUUUUCUCACUGCCUGGUGCCAACAGGUGGUCACUGAAGCACCAGAGAGACAGUCUUUCUGCUUGGAGGUCAGAUGCCCAAUGCUAACCCACUGGCAGUGCUCAAAUUGCAGAGAAUGUCCCACUUGACUCUUCUCUCCCCGAGUUGGAACAUUAUCACUGUGAAUGUAAUUUUCAAAGUUUUUAAGCUUGAGAGGAUGCAACAAGUCUCUGAGCAAAUAAGUUUUAUUUUUCCCAAAUGCUAGUAACUAGGCUAAAUUAGCAUGGAUUUUCUCAGGAAUACCGUAAAGGUUGGCUCGCCUGUCAAACUUCCAGGCUUUACACGGAGGCACUGAAGCUUCUCAACAAACCAGCGCAAGACUUCUUUUCAAGCAUGGCAAAACAACAUUGCUCCUUGUUUCUUCUGAAAAAUAGAAGAACUAUUUCAGCUAAAACUUGAACACCAAAACCAGCCUGAGGCAAACACCCAUCGUGGAAAACUUCAGUGUGAAUGACUAGCUUGUUAUUGCUGUAAAUAAUUGAAAGGAGGUCAUGUAGUGAAAGGUGUUGGGCUGUGUGUUUGUCAGAGCUGUCUACAGUGCAUAUACAGACAUGCAUGGAUACAUGUUUAAUACUGUGUGUGUGCAAAUAGCAUAUUGCAUAGUUUUAGUUAUAUUUGUACCUGCAGAACUCUAAAAUUUCUAUUUUUGUCAUAUACAGAUCUCAUUCUUUUAUACAGAAUUUGCCAUUAUUCAUGUUCAUUUGGUUGAAAUCAAGUUUCUGCAUAAAGAAGGAAGUAUUUUUAUCUUUUAUUUUCUAUCAUAAUUCUUGGAGUGUUCUCAUGUGAAAUAUGUUUCAGUGCACAGUAUUGAAUGACCCUUGUGAAAGCAACUCGGAUAUAAAGGUAUUCAGAGUGGCAAGAAAGAAGGUAAGUUGUGAAUUUAGAUGCCACUGUGUUGCUGUGCUUGUACAUAUAUACAUAUAUAUAGAAAGGAGUACAAUGUCUUUCUCUUGUCCAGGGAGAAAUUGGCCUUGAAAAUUAUUUGUAUUUGCCUAUUAGACACAUUUCCCACUUCUCUUCCUCCAUAUAAUGAACAGUGUCGUCAUACAGGCUUUGCAGGAAGGAAGCCAAUCUGCCCCCAGUGCCUUCCCUUUUCUCCUUCACCAUCUUUCUAAGGCAGUCUCUUUCCCCCAAAGGUUAUGUGCUCAGAACUCAAGACUGAGCUGGGUGUGGGUAGGGGAUUGCCUCAAGUUAGGUCUCAGUUCCCACACACGCAACUGAAUUGGUUCAGUGCUGUGUUGCUCAUCUCUGCAUCUGGAGGCCGCUGCUGUGAGAGGCAGGGGCCAGGUGGAUUUUGCAAGCCUAGGUCAUUCUAACAGCUGAUACGGUAGGGAACACUGCAGCACUCUAAUGUUAAUGGUCUUUGCUUACUCUGGAAGCAAACUAUCAGCAGCCUUUCCUUUAUAGGUUUAGCAGCCUAUCCUGAGGUGUAUUGGUGAAGAUGCUGGUAAGUACUUGUAAAGCCGUUUACAAGAUUGGGUCAGAUUCCCUCCCUCCUUAGUGGGAGCUCAAGCAAUGUGCUUAUGCCAUCUUGCACACAGCACAAUUUGGCUGAUGAAGUACUCACUCCAUACAACCUGAUAGGCAGACCGUUGUCGUCGUCACAUGGCAGAUAGUUAUUCUUUAUUUUACAAGUAGGUUAAACUCAGGCAUAUAACUGAGUUAAUAGGGAGGCUGGGUGCUGAGGUGUGUCCUGUGAGCAUUAGGCCCUGCUGGCCGGCUUUCCUUAAGAGUCUGCACAGCCUUCUGUAACAGAGCUACAUAAUACAGUAUCAGAAUUACCCUUAACAUUUUUGUAUUGCUAUUUUUAAAACAUUAUUUUAUACUUUAAGCUAUAAAAGAGUUCACAGUGGUUUCAUUAGACAUGCUUUUGUUUUGGGUGCUGGUUUUUUUAAGCAGCCUGCAGCUGUAUUAGCAAAACUAAGUCACUGUGUCCAGUGUAACUUUCAUGGUACGUAUUCCUCAUGCAAGCCUUCCGGGGGGACUGCCUUUCACCCACGUCGUCUAAGACACCAGGGUAUGUGUAAACCAAAUAUGCAUUUGCCUGUGGCAUCUGCAAAACACUGCCUUGCAUUGUUCAGUAGGAAAAAAGGGGACCUAGCCUGCCCCUUUGGCAUUCUGUGUCAGUCACUGUCAUGUAUGUACAUAUAUAUAUAUAUACAUAUAUAUAUAUAUAUAUAAAAAUACUCUUUCAGGUUGUGUAUAUUCAUGUAACUUUUGCAUUAAGAUAAUCCCUUUGGACUUUACCAAAAAAAACCCCCCAAACUCUAAAUAGUACGACAUUUUCCCUUCCAGCUAAGGGUGUAUUUAUCUUUGUAUAGGAAAAUUCUGGGUUUUUUUGAGAAUGGGAGUUCUAAAAGGAAAUUGUGCCUUUCUGAUUGAAUGUUGACUGGGGGAGGGGGAAGGGGGCUGGUAACGGGAUUUCUGGAGGGUGUUGCAUAUCGUUGUGUGGAGAUCCAAAAAGAGAAACAAAUCUUGUCUUCCUUUUUGUUGUUACUUACGGGGACCGUUGAACUUUGUGGAGUACAGAAGUUAGUAUCUGCCUCCAAAAACAUGCUAAAACUUGAUGGAGCAUAUUUAUCUUGCUGCAGUUUUCUGGUAUGUAGAACAGAUUUGCUAGCCAGUUUAUUUAGAAAAUGCUGUACUAUCACACAGGAAUUGUUUAUAACAUGUCACUUUCCAGUAGUGUUAAUACAGCGUUAUACUGCAUUAUUCAGUGGAAUCUGUGGAAAAGGGUGGUAGCAACAACUGUGCUGAUGGAAUUAAAUAUUUAAUUGAAAAACCUGCAGUUCCUUGAUCUUCAGCUUCUAAGGCUGAAGUUAGAUGUUCAUGAAAUACCAUGCAGUAGGCUCUCUUUUCAGUAAGUUGCUGAGAAAGUUGGAAUUGAUCCUUCUAUUGUUCGCAGCUGCUCUUAACCUUUUAGUUUGAGGUGUCUCCUCCAGGAGCUUUCCUUUGUACCUAAUACUUAAACAAAUGCUUAUUUUUUUUAAAAGACCUAUUCUUAUGGAAUUAAAACUGAUGAAAGUUUUCCUCCUGGACCAAAUUCUGAUUCUACGUCUGUAGUGAAUCGUGACCACAGUAAUGCAUAGUUCUGCUCAGAGCAGGUAUUAAUAUAUUUGGGUUCAACAAAACAAUUUGAAGAGAUGACUGCUUGAGAUAAAUAAAGGAAUUGGGCUUAGCCUAUUAGAAAUGAGAUUUGAGUUGUUUAAAAAAAAAAUCAGAAGUUUUGAGUGUCAGUAACCUUUACUGAACUCAGCAAAUGCUGUGUAUUUUAAAAUAUUUUUAAAAUUAGGCCAUUAGUGAAUGCAGUUGAUAAUAAACUGAAGUUACUUAUAAGGCAAAUUACAAUUUACCUCUGGUAUUGUGCUAAUGGAAAACUGGCAGUAAUGCUUUUAAAAGAGAGCCUGUGAAUAAUUUUCUCUGCUGUUGUCUACAGUGACACACACAACACUGACUGCAUCGCGAUUUUUAAAUAACUGCAUUCGUUCUUCUCCUUUUAAGUCAAAUCAGUUUUAUUUACACCACUUCACUUUGAUACAGCUGAUAGGGCCCUUGUGAUGGAUUUAGGAGCUGGGUGGAGGAAUGAGACGAUGACUCUUAUUUUAAUUAAUGCAGUAGCUUGUUAAUCUUGUGUGCUUUACUUUUUAGACAUCUUAAAGACAAAUGGUUUUAGUAGAUAAGAAAAAACUAUUAAUGAUGAAAAGGACAGAGGGACACUGAUUCUGAAUUUAGUUUUUAAUGAAUAUUUAAAAUUGUUUAAAUAACGGAGGAAAUUUAAUGCUGUAUUUUUAAAGUGGUGAUCAAAUGGCAAGUACUGUUUUUUUUAACUAUUGCUUGUCAGAAGCUACUUUGCAUAUAAUGCCUGAAACUGAAAUUGUAAGACAAGUGCUUUUCUCGCUGUUUGUGCUAGAUCUGAAAUACUUUAUAUUAACACAAGGCUAUAUCAAACUCAUGGACUAAAAUAUGUGACUGCAGAAAGAAUUUGAAUACCAUGCAGGGUUCCACCUGAAUGUAUCCCACUGUAGGACUGUGGCCUUUGUUCAUCCUUUUGUUUAUUCCUGAUUCCAGGUUUUUUUCAACUUGAAAUUGAGACGUUAUGUAAGAGCUCUAAGGGAGGCUGCAUGUUGAAACCCAACCUUGUCUUAAACUUUUGUAAACUGGAAAUCUUCAAAAAUGUAUUCUGUAUUGCUGAAUAAAGUUGACAUUUUACUACUGUUCACAAAA